CUCUCUAAGUUUUCGGGGUUUGAAGAAAGAAGAUGGCGGCUAAUCCACCAUUAAUGCCAGUGCUUGAAACUCUGAGUAAGGCUUCACUGUACGUGGGUGAUCUGGAUCCAGAAGCGACUGAGAAAGACUUAGCAGAAGCAUUUUCCAAGAUUGGUCAAUUGGCCUCUGUUCGCCUCUGCAGAGACAGAGUCUCCCACAAAUCUCUUCGCUACGCUUAUGUCAACUUCUUCUCUCCCUUUGAUGCUGCAAAGGCUCUGGAUUGUCUAAACCACACUGAAAUUAAGGGAAAACCCAUGAGGAUAAUGUGGUGUCAGAGAGACUCUCUUACAAGAAAGUCUGGUAUGGCCAAUCUCUUCAUCAAGAACCUUGACCCUUCGGUCACCAGUGCGAAAUUGCAUGAUAUUUUCUGCAAGUUUGGAACAAUACUGUCUUGCAAGGUGGCUGAGGAAAAUGGGAAGUGUAAGGGUUUUGGGUAUGUUCAGUUCGAUCCCGAGGAUUCUUCCAUGGCUGCUUUGUCUCUCAAUGGUACCAUACUUGAUGGGAAGAAGUUGCAUGUGUCCAAAUUUGUUAAGAAGAGUGAGAGGAAGGAUGCCCAAGAAGAAUCAAAAUUUACAAAUCUGUACGUGAAAAAUCUGGGUGAAGAUGUGACUGAAAAUCUCCUUCAAGAUAAAUUUUCUGAAUUUGGGAAGGUUUCUGAAGUUGUCAUUGUUAGGGAUGCUGAAGGGAAAUCAAGAGGCUGUGGAUUUGUCAUCUUUAAUUCACAUGAAGAGGCUAAGAAGGCCAUGGAGGCCUUGAAUGGAACACUACUAGGAUUAAAGAAGCUGUCUGUAGGAAAGGCUCAGAAGGAUCAUCAUACUGAGAAAUCAAAGGCUUCAAAUCUGUAUGUGAAGAAUCUAGAUGCAUCAAUUGAUGACAAAAAACUGCAAGACCAUUUCAGUGCUUACGGAGAAAUAACUUCAGCAAAAGUGAUGCGUUAUGAUAAUGGAUUUAGUAAAGGAUUUGGCUUUGUAUGCUUCUCCACUCCUGAAGAAGCAAAGAAAGCUUUGAAUGCUCUUCAAGGAACCAUUUUACUAGGAAAGUAUCUGUAUGUGGCUAUAGCUCAGGGUAAAGAAGAACGGCGUAUGAUUUUGCAGGCUUACUAUGCACAGCAGGCAAUGAAGUCUUUUUAUUCAUACUACUCUAAUAUGCUUGUGCCUCAACUCCGUGCACCCCAUUGCAAUUUUCCUGUUUAUCAUCCAAAAAAAGCUGUGUCACACACAAAUUCAAGCUGCCCAACAGUGUAUCCUUCUGCAGAAAAGAGCUACAGUGGAAAUUUUUUGACAUUUGUAAGAAAAUCUUAUGGUUUUUUUUAUUGUGAACUUUAUUUCUUACUACAAUUUUACACGUUUCUGAUAUUUAGUUCUUAA